GCCUUCGGGUUAGUAAAAAAACACCACCCAUCACGGACCGGUGCAGCAGCAGCAGCAGUAGUGUGUUCCCAUCACGGGCGCUGAACGGAGAGCAACACCACCGCCUUUUCCACCCAGCAUCUUCACCAACCAACGCAGAACUCGAGUGGGAACACACGGGUCCACUCAGGCUGUCCUCCGGUGUCCAGACUUCCUCCUCUUCAACAUGUCUGUUGGCAGUGAUUUUGGAAACCCUCUAAGAAAAUUCAAACUCGUCUUUCUGGGGGAGCAAAGUGUUGGAAAGACGUCCCUGAUCACACGGUUCAUGUAUGACAGCUUUGACAACACGUACCAGGCCACAAUUGGAAUUGACUUCCUGUCGAAAACCAUGUACCUGGAGGAUCGAACGCUGUCUCUCUCUGAACCCCAGGUGAGGUUGCAGCUCUGGGACACAGCGGGACAGGAGCGCUUCAGGAGCCUCAUCCCCAGUUACAUACGGGACUCCACUGUGGCUGUGGUGGUCUACGACAUUACAAAUGUGAACUCGUUCCAGCAGACGUCGAAAUGGAUCGAGGACGUGAGAACAGAGAGAGGAAAUGAUGUCAUCAUCAUGCUCGUCGGCAAUAAAACAGACCUGGCAGAUAAGAGGCAAAUCACAAUUGAGGAAGGCGAACAGAGGGCCAAAGAGCUGAGCGUCAUGUUCAUAGAGACCAGCGCCAAGACGGGUUACAACGUCAAACAGCUGUUCCGGCGUGUGGCCGCUGCUCUUCCGGGAAUGGAAAGUAUGCAAGAAACAAGCAAAGAAGGAAUGAUCGACAUCAAGUUGGACAAACCGCAGGAGCCCCAGACUACUGAAGGUGGCUGUUCCUGUUAAUACUCUGCACCGUCGUGGAACAAAAAACAAAACGUCAUUCACGCCACAUGCUUGUUAUGUUGCUUCCUUUUGGUUAACCUGCAGUUGACUUUGCACGUUGAGAAUCUGGCCUCAUCACCUGACUAUUGGUCGUCGGUUGGAACUAGCAAUAUGUGAAUUUGGUUCUAAAAAGUAGUGUAGCCUACUUUGUUAAUGAAACUGCCAAAAAAAAAAAAACAGAGAGACUGAGAAAAAGACAAAGAUGUGUAAAAGAAGAACCCCAAGUUACAGAUGUGGAUACCAUUUUUUUAAGUGGAAAAGGAAGUUUCCCCAGUUUCUUUUUUGUAUUUUUGUAUAUUCAGGUAAAUCUCUCUGGAAAGGUUGUUUUUUUUAAAAGAUGCAAACAACUCAGCUCUGUAUUUGAGGGCUUGAUAAGAACAGAUGGUUUUAGACUUAUUUUUAUGGAUCCCACUCUUGUUAUAGGCAAAAAUAGAGGUCCGCCCCACAUUAUGACCCAAAUGUUUGUCACGUGAAACUCUUAUCUAUCCCCUGACACAGCCAUUCACACCAACACUUAACCGUCUCAAGGCGCAUUACCGACACAGAACCACUUUUAAUCUUAAGGGUUCUAUAUGAUAUUCAGAGCAUUAAUAUAGCAGCAAACGACUUAUCUACAGCAUGUAGAGAUAUAGUGAAGUAAUGUCUACCUGAGCAGAGAAUGGAGUCACUCUCCCUCUGUGUGUUAAAAUAUGUGGUUCUAUGUGCUUAGUUAACAUAGUCGGGUUGUGCUUGUGCUACAACUGAUAACGCCGUCCCGACCAACAGCGUCAUAGCAGAAGCGUAGUAUCUCCCCCCCCCCCCAGGUGGUUGCUUAUGCUUGCACUGUUCGUGCUGUUAGCACCGUUAGCUGCCAUCCUCCGGCCCAGCCGUCGCCGUGUUGAGCGCCGUGUGAAGGCAAUAGGAAUGCUCUGAAGAGGCAAAUGUCUCCCCUUUGCAGUGUCCCUCAAUGAGACCUUAUUCUGCAAAAAAUGAUGUACAAUGAUCAAAUACUUUUUUGAUCCCGUUUGAAUUGUGCCAAGAAUUACACAUAUGAUGUUUGUCAAUUUAAAAGAUCAUUUUACACAUCAAAAAAGUCGUAGCUUGUUGCAGUACCAUUUAGUUUUGUGUAAUAGCGCUCAGUAAACUACAUCUCUGGUCUCCCACAACGGCCACCAACACAGCCAUUACCUUGACUUGCUAGCUAGCUAGCUAACUUGGCUAUAUACUCGCAUAGAUGUAACGUUAUCUUACUUCAUGUGUUUUUAUCCAGCGACUCUUUUUAACGGCUGGGAAGGGAAAGAACGAGCGAGACCCGUUGUUGGUGUGAGUACAUCCUGGUGUGAAACACACAGGCGUGUAGCUUCAGCGAGAGACGUCACUAACGCCACUUUUGUGUGUGUCGUCUUUCUAAUUACAUAUUUUCAAAGUCUUGUACCUCUAGACUUUAAUGACGUUUUUAAACCGACAAACAUCAAGUGUGCAAUUCAUGGCACAAGUCAAACAGGAUUAAAAAGAAUGAUUUUUCUCUCGUUGAGUACCGUACGUAUUAUUCCUAAAUAAGCUCCCAUGGUGGUCCACCAAAAUGUCCCCUCUCGGUAGAGAACCUUUAAGUCUAAAAAGCCUCAUGUUUGAAGAGCCAAUCACAGCUCUCCUGCCAAUAACCCCUGUGGGAUCCAUACGUUUGCGUUCUGGUGGUUGAACAGGAACCUCUUGAGUAUCUAAUGCAUGCCUGGUUUUUGAGCAUAGGUACUGUCUAGUGUACACAAGUUUGAAUAUGUAAAUGUAACAUUACACCAGUGGCUUACUGCACUCUGAUAGUGACUGUCUUUUUGUUUAUGAGAACUGUCCAACUGGAUUUGUAUACUUGACUUCAAAAUAUCUCCUUGUUGUGCGUGUAAAUGUGUGCUUUCCGUAUAGGCAACGUUAGAAUGCAGUCACAUGGAGGGCCACUGCCAAUCUGUUACAUUCUCGCCACAUUACGGCAUCACGUAGGUCACCAUUUGUUUGCAUUAUGUCAUAGAACCCCCCCCCCCCCACCCACCCACCCAUACUCCCACAGCUAAAUGACGUCUGCCGUUGCAUUGUGUGAUAUCUUGGUGGUUGUGAUUACUGUAGUCUGCACAUGCGCUGUACGUGAGCGAUGGAGAAUCAAAGCCCUCGCCUGGUGUCACAGAGGAACAUGAACACAAAGUCCCCCGUGUGCUGGUCUGUAGACUUCAAUGCUGGUUCUGGGAUCAACACAGACCGCUAACAUUUUAAAACUGUCCUGACAGAAGACCACUUUGCACUCGUAGGCCUUUUCAGGUUAAUAUGAAGUUAUGAAAAGCUUCAUUGUCGAUGUACAGUCACUGAAUUCAAGUCUGGUUGUCUCGUGACGUGUCCCCCACUGAGGUGAGGUUUUCUUUGCUGCUUGUGUUUAAACUGACUACUGACGUUGGCAUUAUGCAAUGUUGUUUCAUUAUUUUAUUUUUUAAAGCCAGGUAUCGUAACAUACACUGGUGGUGAAGUCAGCCAUUGUUGUGAACACUACUUUGAUUUGACUCGUCUCUGAAGUGAAAUCUUAAUGCACUUUUUGAAGAAUAUGUUUUAGUAUUAGAGUGAUAAUGUAAGUCUUAGAAAAUAUGGCAUGAAAAAAAACAAAUCUUUAUCUCCAGAACACGGUACUGUGUCUUAGAGUUAGACUCGAGCGUUUAUGGAUUGUUCACACGUGUCCAAAAAGGGGAGCACUCUUGUGAAAACUAGUGAGCCUUUCUAACACACAUAAUGAGCCAAAUAAUAAUACUAAGAGACGGAGUUGGAUCGAACCUCAAAGGGAGAUAUUGGCUGGAAAGCACUCUGGUGUGGGUUUGGGAGGGACAAAGACAGGUUGCAUUUCAAGUUAUAAUCCCUCGAACUGAACGAAUAAGUAAUAACCUAUCGACCCUCUGUGUUGCUGCCUAUUAAUUAUCACCAAACAGGAAUGUACUGCUCUCAUUACCAACCACACAGCCUUGUAAGGAGAGCACUUUUUGAGAAAUGACUCGAUGGGUAUUUAUUUUUAAACGAGGACAAAUGAUUAAUCAGUUGCUGUAGACGUUUCCUUUGUAUUUGUUCCCCUUACAUAUUAAAGUAGAAUCCCUUUUAGCAUUCCCUUGAAAUGGACUAACAAAUGUCUUGGUGUGUCGUGUGGGGAGGGAGGGUAUGGGGGUGAGCACUUGAGGAUGGAGGCCAUGGCCAUUCCCUUGGGAGGUGUAUGUUCUGCCACAGCUCUGCAGCGGACCUGAUCAGUCCAGAGCUGGCUCUCCAUUCACACUGUACAGAGAUCUAGCAUGUCUCUCCAAAAUGAUUAAUAAAGAUUUCUUAUUACCAAA